GCUGGACUGAAGCAGGAUGACAUCAGUCUGGACGCCACUCUGCGUUAGGCUCCGCCCCUUCCGCCUCCCGUUGGCCCCGCCCCUCGGACGGCGCCUCCACGUCGGCCAGCGCGCCUCCAUCACCAAAGCGUUCUCGGCGCGCGACGUGGAGCUGUUCGCCGAGCUAACGGGCGACAGCAACCCGCUCCACGUCGACCCGGCCUACGCCAGCACCACGUCCUUCGAGGCGCCCAUCGUCCACGGCGUCCUCAUCAACGGCCUGAUGUCGGCGGUGCUCGGCACCCGGAUGCCCGGCCCCGGCAGCGUCUUCAUGUACCAGGAGAUCCGCUUCCCGGCACCGCUCUUCGUCGGCGAGGAGGUUCUGGCUGAGGCGGAAGUGCGUAAAAUCAAGAUGUCGUUCGCCUUCAUCGCCGUGACGUGCUCCGCCAAGGACAAGGUGGUGAUGGAGGGGGAGGUGAUGGUGAUGAUGCCUGAGAAGCAGCAGCAGGAGUGAUGAAGAUGGUGGCGGUUAAAUCCGGGUCCCUGACAGCAUUUCUGUCAAGUUUAACUUUAUUUAAGUGUUCUGUACGGAGGCCCCUGAGGGACAUGUGGGAAUGUCUUUUUCUUUUGCGUUUCCUCGCAAUAAAUUAGCAAACACAUCCUGGUUGUUCUGUACACAGUCACAGUUUAAUAAGUUAAUUUAAAUGUUCAAACGCCUGUAAGAGCCUCAGUAAAAAACUUUUUAUACAUUAUUUACUCUUUGGUGUAAAAAACUGAUUGAUUUUCAAUCUAUAAAUUGCGUUUUCAUGUUUGUAAGCUUGAGAUGGGAAACAGAACUUUAUUAAAGGACAUAAUCAAAACUCAAAUGACUAUUAAACCACGAAAAUAACUCAAAAAUAUUCCAGAUAGUUUGUGUUUUUUAAAAACUCUACAGAAAAGAUAUAAAACUUCAGAUAUCACACUAACAGUUGAUGGAAAAACCUUGCAGCAGACUGGUACAUUACUGCGCGAGAACGCGAAAGACAAAAACCUCCAUGUCCCCUAGAGGCUUCCGUAGAUUAGAAAUGAUAAACAUGUUUGAUGUUGGGUUUCUUGUGUUAAUGCUCUCAGUUUUGUGUGAAAUCUUUCAUUCAAUAAAAAGUUUGAUAUUUUCAAAUUAAA